CGAAGCCCGACGCCGCUUAGGAAAUUCCCUGCGACCCCGUCGCGGUGUCCUCCGUCCAACUCCGGCAGCUUCUCCCGGCCGGCGCUCCCUCGCCUUCCUCUCCUUCCUAGACCCCGCCACGACCGAACUCCCAUCCCAUGGGGGCUUCCGAAUCUCUACUGGCCAGGCAGCAGCAGCAGCGACCGCAGUGGGCGGACGAGAUCACGACGGUGUCCGACGGCCGGCGCGACGCCGUGGACGAAGACCCUCUCCUCCGCCGCAUCCGGUCACUUACCAUCGCCCCGCCGCUGUUGAGCAGUCAGCCAGCGGCGGGCUCGGAGACGGAGACCAGCUUCACUGACAUCCUUGUCCGGAAACCCUCCGGAUCCUCCUCAGCCGCCUCUGGCAAUUUGAGCCCAAAUCUGAUGUUUGAGCUUUUCGCCAUGUACCGUGAAUGGCAAGAAGAGAUGGCCAAGGAAAUCAGUGGAAGACAGGGAGAGCUAGAAAAUAAGAUAGAAACGGCAGAUGCAUUGGCUGUUAAACUUCUCCAGCGGUUCAAUUACUCCGUUACUUCGAUGAGAUCAACCUCUCACAAUCUUGCUGAAGUUCAUCCGCUGCAGGUGGAAGUUGGUGAAUUGAAGGGCAGGUUAACUGAAGUAAUAAGUAAUUGCGACGCACUGUGCAAGAGGAUUACUGCAGAAGGGCCAGAAAGUUUGCGAAGGUCUGUUGAACCUUUCACCACUGGCAUACUGGGGACCGGAGGUGGAUCCCCUGACCCAAAAGACCAGCCCUGAGGACACAAAUAUGCCUGAUUGUCUGAACAGCUGGUGAUAUAAAAGGCAUUGCAGGGAACUACGUAGAUAGCACGGGAGGAUGUCCAUCCGAAGAUGUGCCAGAUGUGCCAUGAGACUUCUCUAGAUUGAUUGGAUUAUUGGUAUCCUUUCGUUGGAAUUCAGUCUCUCCUGUUGUAGACUUGUAGUGCUUAACUUUCUUUGUGCGUAGGUGUGUGGUGUAUACGGUCGGUUUUAAUAUCCUGAACGCAUGGGCAGUAUUCGUUCGUGGCUUCUUGUACCUCUUUUUCAAGCAGAUUUGGUCAUUCGUUCUCCA